AUAUGCUGCAAAUAUACCAUCCUUAACAGUUAACACGGAAAGUGAGAUAUCAACAGAUAUAUAUUCAAAAGUUAUGAAAAAAGAUGAGGGCAUCUUCUGAUAGAGGAAAUAGACGAAAUAAAAAAAUUUUAAAUUUACAAUCUCUAAUGAAAAAAAUGAAAAGUAAACAUUUGAUAAAUGGUGAAGGGGAAGAUGUACUAGAGGAUUUUUUUACUGGACUUCCUUUAUCUUUUAUUAAAACCCACGUGCAUAGUGGAGGAUUAAAUAAUCCUCGGAGAAUAAAAUAUAGCAGCCAAAUGAAACAAUUUGCUUCCACAUUACAUUUUUAUUCACCCAAAGCUUAUAAUUAUAUAAGAAAUAAAUUCUGUAUGCCUGCAGAAUCUACAUUGAGAUCUUGGAGCCAGCAAAUAGAAAUAAGGCCAGGUUUUUUAGAUUCUUCCUUCAAAAGGAUUAAAACAUUUCAAUCAAAUUCGCAUGUACAAUUAUUUACUAUUUUAAGCCUUGAUGAAAUGUCUAUUCGGCGACAUAUUCAUUGGGAUAAAAAAGUGUUUCAUGGAUAUAGAGAUUUUGGUAAUGGAAUAAAACCUUCCGAAUCUCUACCUGAGGCAAGCAAAGCUUUAUUUCUUAUGGCAACAUGUUUAAAUGGUACAUGGAAAAUUCCUUUAGGAUAUUUUUUAGUAGCUUAUCUCAGUGCUGAGAUCUUAUCAAACAUAGUAACUAAUGCACUCCAUUUAUUACAUGAUACUGGGGUCAUCUGUAAGGCAAUGGUAUGUGAUGGCCUUUCAACUAAUAUCAAAAUGUGUCAAAUACUUGGCGCCUCUUUGAAUCCAAAUAAUUGUGUUCCAUAUUUUAGUCAUCCUAGUAAUUGUGAAGAAAAAGUGUAUGUUAUAUUGGAUGUAUGGUAUGCCAUAUGAUGAAGCUACUUAGAAAUCUGCUCGGUGAUAAAAAAAAUUUAAUCAAUAAUAAUAAUGGAGCUAUAAUAAAUUGGAAAUAUAUAAAAAAUCUUCACAAUUUACAGGAUAAGGAAGGACUAAGGGCUGCUAAUAAAAUUGUCCGUUCUCAUCUUGAGUAUCAUAAGCAGAAAAUGAAAGUUAAACUUGCCGUUCAAGUUUUUAGUAGCUCAGUGGCUAAAGGAAUUAUUUUAGCGCAAGAGCUAGGAAUUGAGGGGUUUGAAAACUGUGAAGGCACAGUAGACUUUAUUCAAAUGAUUGAUCAAUACGUUUUAACCUACAAAACCUCCCAAGAUCAUCUUGAACUAUUUUUUAGUUGUUUACGCAGCAGAGGAGGGUUUAACAAUAAUCCAUCCGCUUAUCAAUUACGAUCUGCCGUUAGAGCCGUCUUGAUAGGAAAAAUGGAAGCAUUAACAACAGGUAAUUGUAUUCUAAUCGACAAUACUAACCUUAUUUGUGGAGAUUAUCAAAAAAAUGAUAAUGAUGAUGACCAUAUAUAUCCUAUAGAUAUAUCAUUUAUAGAUGUGCCAAAUAUCCCACUCUACCUUAAUAAUGUUGCAACAUAUAUAUCUGGUUAUAUAAUACGUAAACUUAUAUCUGAAAAAAAGGUAAAAUGUUAUAAUUGUAUAUCUGCUAUCAUCGAUAAAACUUGUGAAGAUAAUGAGAGCUACAAUUUAAUUAAAAUAAAAAACAAUCAAGGAUUAAUAAUCCCUUCAAAGAGCAUAUCUAAAUUAUGUCAACUAGCAGAAAGUGCAUUUCGUAUUUUUGAAAAGAAUAAUCAAAUAAAAAAGUCAUUUAUAUUUAAAUGCAUAGUAUCAUUUGUUAUUUCUAAAGCAAUGGAAACAAACAUUUUUGAUGAUCUGGUAGAUCAUAUGCUAAACCAGGAGGGUACAUUCAGUCAUUAUCAAAUAUUAAUUACAUUAAUAGUGGAACGCUAUAUAAACAUAAGGUUAUAUCAUUAUGCAGAUAAACAUAACAAAAAUUCAAAUAUCAAUAUUCGGCAGAAGUUGACGAAAACCAUUCUAUUCGCAGGACAAUAAAUAUAUUGGCACAUGAUCUUUUUUAAUUUAUAUUAUGACUGUAUAUAUUUAAAUAUGGAUGCUAUAUAUUAAUGAAUUUUGUAAUUUAUCGUACAUUAUAUCUAUUUUCUAAUUUAUAAUAAA